CGCUGUCGCUUCCUAGUUCCGGAAGCCGGACCAUCAUGGCGGCUCUGGGAGACGUUGAAUUGUGUUCUGGUGGUUCCAAGUCGGUGUUGAGUCCGACAAAUCUUUCUGGGGACUGGAAGAGGCCGCAGUUCGGAACACGGUACCUGACUGAUCCCAGUCGAGUUUUCCAGCACAACGCCUGGGAUAACGUGGAGUGGACAGAGCAACAGGAAGAGACCGCUAAACAGAAGGUCCUGGAGAACAGCCAGCCACUUCCCCCAGAGGAGCAAGCAGAGGAUUAUGAAAGCUGUGCAAAUGAAUACUGGAAUGAUUUCUACAAGAUCCACGAGAACCGCUUCUUCAAGGACCGCCACUGGCUCUUUACAGAAUUCCCUGAAUUGGCUCCGAAACAAGCACAGUGUUCCCACACAACAGAGAACUGCCCACAACAGGACUGUUCAGGCCUGUUGACAGGCACUCAAGUACAGUGCCAAGGUGGAAGAUCCCUACCAAAGACCUUUAUCCACUGUCAUCCUGUAAGGUGCCAGUCUAACUGUGAACAGAGCUCCUCUGAUUGUGCUUCCAUGAACCUGAAUAGCAGCGAUUUCCCAGGGUCAUCUGCCACUUUCCGUAUUUUGGAGGUUGGCUGUGGCGUAGGAAAUACAGUAUUUCCCAUUUUAAAGACAAACACUGACCCUGGGCUGUUCGUGUAUUGCUGUGAUUUUUCCACUACUGCUGUGGAGCUGGUUAAGGCUAAUGAGGAGUACAACCCCACACGCUGCCUCGCCUUCGUGCAUGACCUGUGUGAUGAGGCUGCCAGGUUCCCCAUGCCAAAAGAGAGUCUGGAUAUCAUUGUACUCAUUUUCGUUCUGUCUGCAGUUCACCCUGACAAAAUGCAGAAGUCCAUAUCCAGACUCUGUGAACUUCUAAAGCCAGGAGGAAUGAUCAUGUUGCGGGACUAUGGGCGAUACGAUAUGGCUCAACUACGCUUCAAGAAAGGAAGGUGUUUGUCUGAUAACUUCUAUGUCAGAGGAGAUGGAACUCGAGUGUACUUCUUCACACAAGAUGAGCUGGAUGCUAUUUUCACCAGUGCAGGGUUGGAGAAAGUGCAGAACCUGGUGGACCGCCGCUUGCAAGUCAACCGUGGCAAACAGCUGACCAUGUACCGUGUCUGGAUCCAGUGCAAAUACUCCAAGCCAUCGCCAUUGAAUAAUGGCACUCAGGGCUAAGCAGUGAGGUCAGGUUGACUGGAAUAGCUGGAUUAGAACUGGGCCUGUACUAUGGGGAUAGUAUAUGGGGAAUGUUUUCACAACGUUGCUGUUCUUGUACACUGAUGCCUUUACUUUAGGCACAAGGUGCUGUUUCUGAAUUAGGGUAUAAAAAAGUUGCUUUUAAGUUCAUGGAGUCAAUUAUUUAUCCUUUGGAACAAACUGUCUGUCUCUUGCAAAACAACAGAUGCUUUUUAAAAUGUUCAAGUAGGUAGCCAUGACAGUAUGCGUAAGCUGCAAAGGAACAUGUAAAGCUUUAUUG